AUGUCACAAUUAACAACCCACAACCGAAGUACUAGUACAAUAACCUUACGGACAAUCUUAAGUGAACAGAGGGUCAUCACGACAUCUUCUGCCGACAUAAUCCGUGCUCGAUCUUCCACCCUACAUGCCCACAAUUCAACUAAUGCCUCUUCAAAGGAAAUCCGAACUUCCGCUCGUCUAGAUCAUAUUGAGAAUGAAAUGAGCAGCUCAAUGCAUGUCACCAAGACAACUACUCUUCUUGCACCACCUUCAAAUGAUAUGGAACUUAAACCGAAAUCUUCGCCAUGGUUCUGGAGGCGUCGAUAUACAUCUAGAACUUCACUGGUGCGUUCAGCAUCGACGAAUAAAGCUAAUGAAGAUGGGAGUAGCCAAUGGAUGGGCAAUGGAAGUAAUGAGCGGCCUUCGGGAGAUGAGGCAUAUGAUUCGAAGACGUCAACACUGAGCUCAGCCAUUACGAUUGACGGUGUAUCAGCUGCAGUGAAGAAUAAACCCGUCGCAAGAAGUGCUUCAAGUAGAGAUACAAAACCCGGUGGAGGCGGAUUCCUUCGCUUUCUUCGAGCCAGCUUCGCUUCGCGUCCCAAAAGGUCACAGGAAGUUAAACCCGGUUCGCCGCCACUUUCGAUGACUCAAUCCGGUCUGUCAAGCCUAGCUGGCAAACAAGCCAACAUUGCCAGAGUGUUUGCUGAUCCCAAUAACCGCCUUUCAACGUAA